CCGCCUCCCUCAACCUGCCAGCCUCAACCACCCCACACCUCAACGAGGCACUCUUGAACACCACCAGCGUCAUUUCAAUAACCUCCCUCCUCCAACCUAAGGCCACUAACAAAAAAGAGAGAGAAAAAGAGAGAAAUAGAAAGGUUCGCCAUGGUCUUUGGCUUCGGGAAGAAGUCGAGCUCGUCGCAGGACGCCGCCGUCGAGCCGUACCAGUCCUCAGAGGUACCCAUCGAAGAUGUCCAGCCCAUGAGGAAAACACUCCUGCCCGUCUUUGCAUGCGGCGCCGGUCUCUUCAGUGAUGGAUACGUCAAUAACGUCAUUGGAUCCGUGAGCACUCUACUGUCGCUGCAAUACAAAGAUGCAUAUGAGAACUCGAGUGCUAUCAGCAAUGUCACAGCCAUUGCCUUUGCGGGUACCGUGGUGGGCCAGCUCUUCUUUGGUAUUCUUGCCGACAAAUGGAGCCGCAUCAACACGCUCCUCGUGUCGACCGUGAUCCUGAUCAUCUUCACCGCCCUGGCCGCCGGCUCGUACUGGCACGGGCAGGCCUCGGGCUUGCUCUCGAUACUCGUGGCCUGGCGCUUCUUUGUGGGCAUCGGCAUCGGCGGCGAGUACCCGGCGGGCUCGGUGGGCUGCUCCGAGUCGUCGGCCGAGCUCAAGUCCGGCACGCGCAACCGCUGGUUCAUCCUCUUCACCAACACGGCCAUCGACUGGGGCUUCGUCAUCGGCGCCUUUGUCCCCUACGUCGUCGCGGCCGCCUGCCACGAGGGCCACUACGAGACCCAGUGGCGCACCAGCCUCGGCAUCGGCGUCGUCUUCCCCCUGAUCCUCUUCGUGCUGCGGCUGCGCAUCAAGGAGCCCGAGGAGUUCUCGCGCAACAGCAUGGCCCACGUGCGCAUCCCCUACGGCCUCGUCUUCCGCUUCUACGGCCUCCGCCUGCUUCUCGUCUCCGCCAUCUGGUUCAUCUAUGACUUCUCUACCUACCCCUUUAGCAUCUACGGCUCCAGCAUCCUGGCCAACAUCUACGACACCGAGACCGCCCCGCUGACCACCAUCUUCGGCUGGAAUACCGUCAUCAACCUGUUCUACAUCCCCGGUGCCGUCCUCGGUGCCUAUGUGAGCGACUGGAUCGGCCCGCGCUACGCCCUCUCCCUGGGCGUCACCCUCCAGGCCAUUGUCGGUUUUGCCAUGGCCGGCGCCUAUGAGAAGCUCGCCCAGCCUCAGAAUGUGGCUGGCUUCGCCGUCAUCUACGGUAUCUUUCUCGCCCUCGGAGAGCUGGGCCCUGGUGACAACAUCGGCCUGCUCGCCUCCAAGACCUCCGCCACCGGCAUCAGGGGCAUGUACUACGGCAUCGCCGCCGCCAUAGGCAAGAUCGGCGCAUUCAUCGGCACCUACAUCUUCAAGUACAUCGAGGCCGACGGCCACACGGCCGCCGCCAGCGCGCAGUACCCCUUCUACGUGUCCUCGUCCCUGUGCAUCCUGUCCGCCGUGCUCACCCUCGUCUUCCUCCCGCACAUUGGCCAGGACACCGUCCAGAAGGAGGACGCGCGGUUCCGGGCGUACCUCGAGAGCAAAGGCUGGGACACGCGGCAGCUGGGUCUGCAGAAGGGGGCGAGCCUGGAAGCCGUUGAGGGAGCCAGGGCGGAGGAUGUGGUGGGGGAUAGGAAGGUGGACGAGUAG